AUCAACCCAAACCAGUCCUCCGACAAACCCCAUUUCCCAUGGAACCCAAACAGCCGCAUGUAGUCAUUUUCCCAUUCAUGGCUCAGGGCCACACCAUCCCUUUGCUAGACCUCUCUAAGGCCCUCUCAUUCAAGGGCCUUAAGGUGACCAUCAUCACCACCCCAUCAAACUCCCCUUUCAUCCUUCAAUCCACAUCCAACCACCCCAAAAUCCGUGCCGUCGAGCUUGAAUUCCCAAUCGUCCAAGGGCUACCCAAGGGCUGUGAAAACACUGACCAGCUUCCAUCCAUGGACUUCUACGUCCCAUUUUUACGUGCCACCACGCAACUCCGGCGUCCAUUCGAACGGCUCCUUCAUGAGAUGUCCAACGGUCGGGAUCUUCCCAUCUGUGUGAUCUCUGACUUCUUCUUGGGGUGGACCCUUGCGGCAUGCCGCGAGUUCGACGUCCCACGGCUUGUAUUCCACGGCAUGGGAGCGUUCGCAAUGUCGGUAUGCAAGUCAGUGCUCGUGCAUUCACCACAUAAGCAUGUGAGCAGAGACGAUGAAUCUUUUAGCGUGCCAAGUCUCCCAUUGACUACCCGGCUCACCUUAGCAGAUCUACCCGACAUGAUUGCUAAUUUCAACCCGACUACGGACCCGCUUGCUCAAUUUGCGAUGGAGAUCGGGGACCCGGACCUUGACAGCUGGGGUGUGAUUGUUAAUAGCUUUGUUGAGAUGGAGGGAGAUUAUUUGCCUGCUCUAGAGUCCUUCUACAGGAAUGGAGCCAAGGCAUGGUGUGUGGGCCCCGUCUUGUUGUACAACGAAAUGGAAGAUACAAAGCAGACCCGAGAUGAUGAUGCCCCGAAUAAAUACCCGACAGCUAAAUGCAUUGAAUGGUUAGACAAACGUAGAACAUCACCAUGUUCUGUCAUCUACGUAUCAUUCGGUACUCAAACCCACAUCUCCAACGCCCAGCUAGACGAGGUCGCCUUAGGGUUAGAGAUGUCAGGCAACUCGUUCAUCUGGGUCGUACGAUCGAUAACAUGGUCUCCACCUGAUGGAAUGGAAGAGAGGAUAAAAGAGAGAGGUCUGAUCAUAAGAGAAUGGGCCCCACAAAGGUGCAUCCUCACCCACCCUGCCACUGGUGGAUUCCUGAGCCAUUGUGGCUGGAACUCGACGCUGGAGAGCAUCUCGGCAGGCGUCCCGAUCCUAGCUUGGCCGAUGAUCGCCGAACAACGUUUGAAUGCUAAGUUCGUGAUGGAUGAAGUUGAAGCUGGGGUGAAAAUCGCCGGUUGCACCAGUGUCGAAGAGGGAACUGUCAUUGGGAGGGCUGUAAUCUGCAAAGGAGUGAAGGAGCUGAUGGGCAAAGAUACAGGAAGUAGGUUCCGUGAGAAGGCUAAAGAACUGAGUCUGGCGGCGAGGAGAGCCGUCCAUAAAGGUGGGUCAUCUAAUAAGAGAUUAGAUGAGAUGAUUAAUCUUCUAAUUAAUCGUGGUAAGUAGGGAUUUUCUUUGGAUCAGUUGAGAAAAUGUCAUUGUGGAAUUUAUGUAUUGCUUUUAAAGGGAUUGUAUUAGCCUUAAUUAAAGAAGAAAGAAAGGUGUUUAUGUACGUAAUUAAAUGCAGCAGUUUUUUUUUUUUUUUCUCUAAAAAGGUGGCUGUAUUCUACCACAGUUGUCUUUUUUAAGCCCACACGUGUGGAGCCAUGUCCAUUCAUCUGGUAGCACACGUGUAUGGAACAAGCGUGCAAGAUUUGAGCUUUGUA